AUGGAUGUGAACCAACUGGAACUUUUAAUGCGUAAUUUGGCCAUCAAGGAGACCCGUACCAACAGUUUGGACGUGCUGGAAAGCAAGUUAGCCGAUGUAGAUCAGGACAUUUAUGAAGUUAUGCUGUGUUCGGAGAGUCUCUUCAAGUUUUUGGCCGAUGCAAACAGCGAUCAACACACAACCGCUUCGCGAAUCAUCUACGACAAAGCGCUGGAGUUUUACCCCAACGGGUCGGUGGUAAUUGAUCAGUUCGUCGAACGAUGUCUGACCCAUCCAAAGAACACGGUGAAGCAGUUCGGUUUGCGUGGAGCAGCCGCCAUGGUAUACCAUUCGGCAGCCAUAUCGCCAAACAACAUCCAGCUAAUUAUUCUGCAAUGUCUCCCAAUGAAGGAGGUAUACGUAAACACGCUGAUGAACGUGUUGAUAAAAUCCUUGCCACCAAUCUUUACCGAACCUGUGGUACAGAAGAAUUUGCUAUCGGUGCUUACUUCGGACGAAACGAUUCGAUGUCGGGUGUAUGAAAUCGUUUGCACAAUAGUGGAGCAGCACCCGGCAUAUCUGCAGAUAGCGGAUCCUAUCAUUAAACGCGCAUUGAUCGAUCUCGAAAAGGAUGACGUACUGCUGCAGACGAGUGUACUACAGAUUCUGACCCAGUUGCUAACCACCAAGGAGGGCUAUGAUUACGUCGAGGCGCAUGAUCUAUUCCGGAAGGUGUGCACAAACUUUGUCCCGGACAAGGUAACGCCGUAUGUGCGCUUUGUGUUGCCAAAUGCGUUGAAGUUUUUGGCCAGUGCGGCACUGAUUCAGCCGGGUCUGUUUCUUGCCCGGCACCCCGAAUGGGUUACAUUUAUGUUUGAUUUGACAUCACCGGAGGAUCCGAUGUUGAUGACCAUCGCGUACGACUGUCUAGGUAUGGUUGGCUCGACACAUGAAGGAAAAGUUUUUCUAAACUAUCAGAAGUCAAAAAUGGAAAUAUUUUUGAAGGAGUUUCCGGGCGUGCUUCAUUCAACGCUGGAAGCUUACAAGGUCCGGUUGAUCGAGUGCCUCACAAAUCUACUAACGGGAGGCAGCGAACCGAUUGAUAACAUGAUCUCGAGCAUUACGCAAGAAUGGUACGAAACCAUGACAGACAGCAAAGAUCUAGAAUUGGUGCACGAACUGUUUAAGGUACCAUUCCCCAACAUAAAGAUGGCGGCAUUGAAACUACUGUCCGCCAUAGUCGAUCAUCGCUGGGGACAGCUGUUCUUCCAGAAUACUGCCGGCUUCAAUGAGCUGCUGCUGAACCGUAGAAUGGACAACGACGUCAAUGUGGCACAGUUUAAAUUCGAUGUGAUAAAGAAGCUUUCACUAUGCACUACGCUCGAAAGUUUUGUGGCUAAUGCGCUGAAGCAGUACGUAUCGGAAGGUGCAUUCUAUCGGAAGGCAGUUGUGGAGGUGGCGGUUGAAGGUGAUCAGUGA